AUGCCUUUUGAGCCAGCGGAGAGCAAUGCCUGGGCGGGCUCCUAUGCCAUGCUCAAGCUUUGCAAGGAGCUCCAAACCAGUCAGAGUGCCUCAACCUUGAGCCCUUCAAGUAGUGGCUCGAGCACCAGGAGCAAUAGCAAGCGUGGCCUGGCAGACCUCAGGGACUAUGCAUCUGUACGCCAUGCGGAGCUUUGGAAGUGGCUCUGGCUGGAUUUCUCCACCCCAGUGCAUUCAGAGGUGCCUCGCUUGAUCCGCAAGAACAUGCGCCAGUGCAACAGGAAUCACCUGGAUCUUGAAGCAUUGCAGCCGAUUCGAGAAGAGACGGUGGGCCUUUCUCAGAGCAAAGUCUCGCUCUUCAAGGAAGGCUCCACUGGUGCUGCGGUCUUCACCCUGGUGUCCUCUGCCAUGGGGGCCGGUUGCCUAUCGUUGCCCUUCAUGCUGAGGACAUCAGGCAUCAUCCCUGGGAUCUUCAUGUUGGCCCUUGGUGCUGUUCUAGCGCACCUCUCCUUGGUCGUUUUGAUGAGCUGUGCACGCUACACUGAAUCAGAUAGCAUGGCGCAACUCGUGGGCCUGGCAUCCUCUCGCCCCGGUCGCGCCGCGCCCGCGCGCGCGGUGGACGUGGUCAUCGCAGUCUACGGGAUUGCAGCAGUUUUGUGCUACCUCAUGUUCAUUGGGGACUUCUUUCUCGGCAUUGCACAGUCGCCCUUGCUGCAGCUCGAUGUUUCACGAGAGACGCUGAUCGUGGUUAUCUCUAUGGUAGUGGUGUGGCCACUCUCAUUGCCUCGAAAGCUCUCGGCACUACGACACGUCUGUGUGCUGAGCGUCCUAGCGAUCUCAUUGACCGCCUUGGUGGUCGCGCUGAAGACGCCCAGCUACGCGCGGCUCGGGAGCCAGGGAGCUGACGCGGAGAAGUGGCAGUUGGUAUGGUGGAAAUCGGAUCCGUAUGCAUUGCUACAAUCCUUCAGCAUUGCCCUGUUUUCCUUCGCCGCGCACACGAACGCAGUGCCCGUGGCCACCUCACUCCGUCAGGCGGAUGGUGCCACCAUCUGGCGAGCUGCUCGACCGAUCGUGUCUCUUUGUACUCGGCGCCUCGGAGUGGACGUUGGAGCGACGAAGCGGCGUUUCCGGCCCUUCCGUUUGGUGAAGGGUGAAGCAGGGAUCGCGGCGGAAAACGUCUCCAGCGUACGUCUCAACGUCGUUGUCCGCGCCAUGGCGGACAACGACGAUGACGAUAUCUUCAAUGAGGACCACAGCAGCUCCUCCCCUGCACCUGCUCCAAUGCCCACUCCGCAGCCGAGGGCUGCGCCAGCCCCUGCGCCACAACGCUCGGUAUCGCCUGCGCGGUCAGCGUCUGGAGUGUGCACCCUUACGAUGGGCGCCCAUUCGGGGCAGCCCACAAUGGCCGCUCCGGGCACUUCUGACUUCAAGGAGGGCGAUUGGAUUUGCGCCCGCUGUGGCGAUCACCAGUUCGCGCGGAACCCCGGCUGCCGCCGCUGCGGCGCCGCCCGGCCGACGGCCGUGCCCUCCGCCGAGGCAGUCCCGCCGGUACCGCCGAUCCCCAUGCCGGUGCAGCAGAUGAGCCCACAGAAUGCCUGGGCCAACUACGGAGGAGCUCUUGCGCCCGCUCUUCCUCGUCACGCACCGAGUUACAAACCCAAAUAUCCCAGCGAUCCCAACGUCAAGCUCCGCCGCGCAGUGAUGAAUGAUGAUCGGGAAGCAUUCUUACAAGCGCUGAACUGCGGUGGGAGUGACGAGGGUCGGGACGGCGCCGGCAAGUGCGUCUUGCAUUACGCCGCCCGGGGGGGCCAGCUGUGGUUCCUACACCAAUGCUUAGAACGAGGCUUCGACCCCAAUGCCAAAGACCUCUAUGGCACCACCGUGGUCGAUGAAGCGGAAUACUGGAGCAUGAAGUACAGCAGCAACGAAGAACGCCAACAAUGCCUGCAAUGCCGCAACCUCUUGGCCGUCUACGGUGGCCGCCGGGGCGAUUCAGUCGACAUGCGACGGCAUCGGGUGAAGCUUGAAAACCUCCUUGGAAGAGACGGCCGAGACAGGUUUUGGUUGCCUUGGCACGAGGAUUUGAGCAUCAUCGCCAGGCGCUGGGAAGCCAUGCGGAAUGAUCCCAAUGUCCAGGUGUCAAACUCCUGGAGCUUGGAACGAGAAGUGAAGCCUCUCCUGGAGCUCCCCCCAGUGACUGGGGACCCCUUCGACCCCUUGAGCUCCGACAGCGACGCCACAGCCGGAACGGCUCCUGCGCAAACUGCCACGGCUCCUGCGGUGACACCCGGUGCCAGGAGCACUGCGGCUGCCGAGGUUCCACAAGCCACUCCAAACGGAGCUUUGGACUACGGGAACUACUACAGCACUUGGGCCGACCCGGCAGUCUUCCAGCGCGUGAGCGCGGAGUUACGCGAUCGACAUUUGGCCUGGCAAGCGAAAGCCCCUCACCUCACCGAGUGGUGGCCGGCGGUCUUCCAUGCAGCAGACGAGUUCACCGAAGCAGCCGUGGAGCGGAGACUACGCACCGAUCACUCCCUUGGAUCCGAACAACCAUGUCUACAAGUUCUGACGAUUCCAACGCGGCACGCGGAGACGGGGGAUGAUGGAACGCUGCGCUGGGCCGCCGUGGUGUGCAUUGAAUUCGUCUUCUACCUGCUCAUGGGCCUGGCUGGAUAUGUCUCUUUCCGAGGGUACACGGAGCAGGAUUUCAUCCUCAACUAUCGCAACGAUGACAUGACAAUGUUCGUGGUGCGCUGCGUCUACGGCAUCGUGGUUUGCUUGGGUGCUCCCAUCAAUCUCUCGCCCGCGGCUUCAAGCAUCUUGGGCCUGCUUGGGCGUCGUGACCGGCCUGGCAGGCACUUCAUGGUGGUGUCGACCAUCAUCGCAACUUGUGUCGCUAUUGCCUUGUGGUGCAAGCAGGUCGCCGCCGUGAUCGGCCUCAUCGGGGCCAGCUUCGGUUCGUUGAUCGUAUUAGCCUGGCCUGCGAUGAUCUACCGAAGGGCUCUCUUCGACAUGCACCCCAAAAGAAUGUCCAAUGCGAUCUUCUAUUCGCUCUCCCUCGGUGACCGACGGCAGGACCAAACUGGGGAUGUCCUGAGCGAUGCGCUCGGCAUGGGAAGAGCAUCCCGGAUCUUGGCGAACCCUUGGGCGUUUGAGGUGCUUGGCAUGAGGCUGUUGGGGGAAGAAGAACCGCCGAACAUGACCGAUGCGACGAGGCUGCAUGUCAAUUCGGUGGAGCAAGCUGCGGUACUUGACAGGUUGCACAUCUUGGCAUUUAUCAUCAUGUUCCGGGCAGAUUUCAGGGUCAGUUUUGGUGCUGUGGCGCCAGCUCACUGUGCCGUAGUCCACCACAAGCCCACAGAGCAGGAUCAGACGAGUCUGCCCACACGGUGGUUGGGCCUUCAAUCCCGGUUUCUGUUGCUGCGGGUGGUCGAAGGACUUCAGGUCUUUCAGCAGUCAGUCUCAGUCGAGACCCUGCGAGAGAUCGCUGAAGGCCUUAUGGAGGAAUCCCAGGACAAAGAAAGGUGGUCCUUGAAAGCUGAGCAAGAUCAGGACUUCAUCCGGAAAUAUCCCGAGCUGGUGGCGGAGUACAACGAGUGGCUGGAAAGUCGAAAAGCCGAGGUGGUCAAGGGUGGCAAAGAAGGUGUGGCAAAGGGCACGACCUUGCAGGGCUCGGGCUCGGCGUCCAGCUCAAGGCUUCGUGGCAAGCUGGUGCCAGAGGUGCGCGAGUGCCUCUUGUCCGGGCCAAAGACGACGGAGGAGAUGAAGAAGCUGGUCCAGCGGAAGCACCCCACCUUGGAAAUCCGCGAGGAAGAUCUCAUCAGCACAUUGAAUGCCAAGGAGUUGGACGCCCUGCAGGUCCGUGGCGUUUGGGUCCUGGCCGGGACUGGCACCGAGUCACACGACAAGUUCCGCAAGACCUUGUUGACCCUCUUCAAAAGCAAGGACUCGGUGACGCGGCAAGAUGUCAUGGAAGAGUACGAGCGCGUUCAUGGCGAAAGGUGCAAGUUGAGUGACUACAUCAUCCGCCAACAGUUGCGGGAGAUCGCCGAGAAGAUCGAAGACGGCCGUCAAACCGUCUAUGUGGUGAAAGGAGCCUUGCAAACUCGGUGA